AGACUGAGUGCUGUUAGCCAUCAGCUGUUGCUGUUGUCUUCUAUAUAGUUUUUUUUACAAGUUAUUUUAUUUAUUUUUUUAUUAUUGUAAAAUAUGCAGUUAAAUAUAAUUGAGUUAAGCGAUGUUCAUUUAAAGAGCUGCUUAAUUAGCGCCGAUGAGGACACAGUGCUGCAGUUUUACUGCCACGAUCAACGUAAGGAACUAAGCUACACCGAAAACUUGCCUGUGUCUGAGUUUCUGCAACGCAUUAAGCAAUUGAACAAACGUGUGGAAUUUCCUGCAAAAGCCGUGCGCGCGGCUUUGAGUAGUGCCCAGCCAACAGUGGCCACAUUGCGAACUGAUUCGCAGAAAGGUACUGAACUGGAGCAGGAGCUGAAUCAAGAAGAGCAGCUGGAGCAGCAUACUGUGCUUAGCUUAAAGUAUCGCAUUGAAGGGACGCCGGCGCCACUUAAAUGGGAGUGGCACUUAACGUCCACGAACAGUGCUAUACUGAUCUUCUAUCGUCAGAUGCUGAGGAAUGCGCUGCAUAUAGCCAGUUGUCUAAGCAAAAAUCAGCAGUACUUGUUGGACGUUGUUAAAAAGAAGGAUAUAGAAGUGCAACAAUAUCGCCUGGAUGGCGCUCGCCAUUGGAGAACUACUGUCGCAACGGAACCCUUUGAUGUGGAGGCGUUCCAUGCGCAGAACAAACAGCUGAUGUCAGCUGUUGCCGCCUACGAGCCACUUGACAAAACGUUAGAUGAUGAGCCAGCGGCCACGUCCACAGUCAAAAGCGAAUCAGUGGGCAGCUCCAGCUAUGCAGCUGCCAAAUGCUUAAGUCCACGCAACAGAAAGCGCAAGGCAAUGGAAACGAGUAAGCAACAUUUGGAACGCAAGGUGCUGCAGCGUCGGCGUGUGCCACAGCUCCAAUAUAAGAGCAGUGAAAGUCAGGAAUCCGAAUUGGAUGCGACGUUUGGCCAAAUCCAAGCCGAUCCAGUCCAGAUUGAAGUUGAAUCAACAAUGGCCGCGAUCAAGCAGGAGCCAAGUCCAGUCAUGGAAGCGCCCAAAACAGAGUUGGAUGAAAUAAUGCAGUUGAUCAAUCGUACAGCGGAGGAAACGAAUAAAAUUCUCAAAGAACAUCAAGUCACUUCAAAGCGAUAAAGACGGCAAUAUGUUAAGCUCUUAUUCCUCUCUCUCUCUCUCUCUAAACUACAGUCAAGUGUCUGGUUAAUGCAAUAUUUUUAACUGAUUGUAAAUUUGUUUAUCUUUAGACUAAAUACUAAUUUAUACAAAUAUUAUUUUAUG